AUGGCUCCAGCUCGCCGCGGCCAGCCGUCUGCGCUCUCCGUCCCUCCUCCCGCCUCUUCCACCGCGCUCGUCGAUCUGCCGCCCAUUUCUGCGCUGUUCCUCAUUGACUUUGAUGUCAAGGCCGGCUACACAAUUGCCUGGAAACAAGCCAUUCCGGGGCUCGAACUCGAGGGUCUCGUCGAAUACAAGUCGCUGCCGUCCGGCCUGCACACCGUCUCCGACGAUCUCAUCUACUUUGUUCACGAUGGCGCACAUGCUGGCCUGAGCGCAUUUGUCAAUGAGCCUUGCGAAGAAGAAGGGGCCCGUCAUGCUCGUAUGAUUUCCGUAGGAAUUCUUGUUCCUCUGAGCUAUGGAAGGCUGGGGCGGGCAUGGAGGCAUGCCGACAACUUGAAGCAGAUGGCGGCGAACCUCGUCAAGGAUCGCAGUCAAACCGAAAUACUAGAAAAAUACUGGAAUACCAACAAAGCCAAGGAGGGAGAGACUUUCUCAGCCAUCGCCUCGCCCAUCUCUCCAGUACUAGACCCGUUGCGCAAGGCUCACGAGCGAAAUUCAUCUCUCACCGAUGGCGUUUCGCUAUUCCAGCCUGAGCACAAGCUCUCUCCUUACCAUCCUGCGUGGAGCCUCCCCGAGCUGCUGGACAGAUUCGGACCCUUGAUUUUUCCCAUCCAUCGAGCCGCCUUGCUUCGACAGCGCAUCUUAAUAUCGUGCCAUGCUCCGGUACAUGAGAUUUGCAACUUUGUAUAUAACAUCUCCAUCUUAUCCAAUAUUCCGCUUUCCAUCACAGACUCGCUACCUACACCUGCUCCACCUCAGCGUCUUCGCCCUUUAUUCAGUAUUGGCGUUCAUGACAUUUCAUUUCUUAUGGAUGAUCUCAAGGCAUCAAAGCGUGACCGCAGCGAUGAAAACGCCGUCGAUGAUGCGGAUGAGUCAGGCUCCGGGUGGAUUGCCUGCACCACUGAUAGCAUCCUCGCAACCAAGGACACUCUCUGGGAUAUGCUCAUCACGAUGCCCCCAGACUACUCUGCAAAUGCCAAGGAGAAAUCUUGGCCGAUUGUAGAGUGUCCUCGCGGAAGACCAGUCAAGGCAACUCAGCGUGAUCUGCGUCGCUUCAACGCCCUACGCACAGGUCUCGCACGAUUGGCUGCAAACCCACCCACCCCGACUCCAGGUCAAGACCCUCGAUCCCCCGACUCCGAGACUUCAGCAGUGAGGUUAUCUACUAGCCACUCUGCUCGGCUGGUUAAAGAUGAACCUUAUGGAGCUACUGACAAUCUCGUUGAGCCCCUCACCUGGGCAGCUUUUGCCUAUAAUGGCUUCAUGUGGUGGGCCAGCGCGGGUGAGCAGAUUCGCUCAGAAGAACAAGAAGAGUCAACUCGUGACUCGGCUCUCCUCGCCGAUCUAUUAUCCCCAACCAGCCCCAGAGUUGGAUCCAUGCCAAUACCCCCGCCUGCUCCAUCGUCGUCACAAUCAGAGCCGCUCAGUAAUUCAAUCGCUUCUCUUGCCGCCCGCCGCUCAAGCACCGACGGAGAAGCCAACAUCGAGUUGGCCAUCAUCACCUAUUUCCACCGUCUCACCACGCAGAUGCUCUCUGUCCUGGUGGAUAUUGUCGACGCUGCUGAUGAAUCAUAUCGCGACAACGACGACAGCGGCGAUGCCGAUGGAGAUGAGGAUGAAACUGAGGGCUUAGUCCCCAACGAGAGCGAUGACUCCGACCCUGCCAUUACCAUAGAUAGCCGGUCCAUUGAAAACAUGGGCCUCGACGUAUGGAGCGCCAGCGAUACCUUUUUUGUGCAGGAGCUUGUUGCCGUGUAUUUCGGCAGACAGGCUGUCAUUGAAGGGAAAGGAGUGGAGGUAUGCGGCGUACGAGUAUGCUGA